GCCCCCUCUCCCGAAAGGUAAUAAUAAAGAAUUCUUAGACGGCGUAUCGUAUCCAUUCUAAUACAUUCUGGGACAAGUCACUUCUUCGUUCUACUGCGUUGUACCUCUUUCUACCAUACUCCUGAUCUACCUCCGGAGUGAAUGAACUAUUCUCUCAUUCUGCUUCCUCUCUCUUUUACUUCCUUCCCUCCCCCUCUCUUCAAUUCCAUAAUCCAAGAACAUACCAUCAGUCGACUACGGUUCGGCUGUCUAAUGAUCUUUCAGGAAUCUUUUCCUUGGAGAUAUCCCCAACGGUACACGAACGAAAUGAACGUGGAGAGCUCUUGAAAUUGUUACACGGGUAUGUCUUAGCACCGCAUCCACCGCUUAGCGGGCUUUUUCUUUUCUUUUCUUUUUUUCUGGGCUGAGGUUCGUCACGGCGCCCCCAUGUAACGCCUGAUGUCGUCAGAUCCAUCUUGCAUAUCAAUCUUUGCAAAAUUGGCCCCAAAGGUGGGCGGUGUCCUUGACAUCUGAGCUGACGGUGCUCAUACGUUUACAAUUCCAGGAUGAUCCACGUUUCCCUGGUUCGAUAACGAUAUAGAGAAAGAAGAACAAAAAAAAGACAUAAUAUACGUCACCACGACGCCUUCGGUCCACUCCCCGCCAGUUAUAUGUGAUCCCUCAUAUCGACAAUGCACCACAUCAAAGGCCCCGAGUCCGACUUGGGAAGGACGGCCUCACGCUCUCGCAGUACCAGCAUGUCUAGUGAUACUUUUCCACGCAUCCAUCUGACCCUGCCACCCGCAAAACCCCCGCCCUCCUUUAUCGCAUCCUCCGCCGCCGCGCAGAUCAUCACCACCGAUCAGGAAUUCAACACGGCGGAUUUUGUGCCCGAGGAGGCCGACGACUCCGAUGCCAGAGCAAUGAUCACUCCCGAAGCGCUCUCCGCCUUGAAUGGAUUCUUGGACCAUCUUCUCUUCAAUAUCCUGGCGGCGGCCAAGUCAACCCAACUCACCUGUAUUCGACCAGCGGUGGCGGAUGUGUUAAAACCCCGACUCGCAAAGGAAGUGGUUUCGGCGGCAGAUGAGGAGCUGAGCGAGUAUAUGGGGGGUCCGGAAGAUGAACAACUUCAAUUUCGUGGGGGUCAGUCGCCGGGCAGUGACUUCGACCUGGUACGUUCCUGGAAAUUGACUCGUCUGCGUUGUAUGGUAUAUACCCGGCUAGGAGAUAUGGAAGAGGAUGACGAGGAGGAAUACAUCGCACAGAACGGGCUGGGGGAUGAAGGGGGUGUCUCGCCGCGGUUCUCCAGUCAUGUGGGCAAUAUCACGCCGGCGGCCGCCAUCUUUCUGACUUCCAUCAUCGAGCAUCUCGGCGAACAGGCCUUGGUGAUAGCGGGCGAGACGGCGCGAUCACGACUGUCGGCCAAGCCGAGUGACGGGCCUGAGGAGGCUGAGUCGGGCACGGAACGAGGCACCAUCAACCGGUUAGUUGUGGAGGAGUUGGAUAUGGAGAAACUAGCGUUGAAUCCGACUCUGGGUCGUCUUUGGCGGACGUGGCGCCGACAGACUCGAUCCCCCGUAUCGUCCCGCGCAGUUUCGAGAGAAUCUAUUCGACGUCGUUCAACUGUUGGUCCUUCCACUGGUCGAAGGGGCAGUGCGGUAACUAUUGAUGAGUAUCCGCCGAGACCAGCCAUCGAGAUCCCGAAAGAAAUCGACCCUGCGUUGGUUGCACUUCCGAUGGGUGACCACGACAUCGAGGAGAUCGAAGGGUUCGCGUCUGAUGCUGAAGGAGCCGAAAUGAUCCAGACGAUGGAGGCAGUAGUGGCUCACAAGGUGCGGCCCCAUAGCCUCAUGGUGCUCACCUUGCCGUCUCCGCGAUCGCCCACAUCCAUGGGAGGGUCACCCAUCACUCCACAGAGCGCCAAGUUCACUCGCCAUGGCCGCUCGAGGUCGUUGCCCGGCGCAUCCCCUUCGGAAGCGCCAGAAGUUGACCAGAUGGUUGAUCGGCCAUCUCCCACUGCAUCAGAAGAGCAAAGGCGAUUGGAGACUAUGUACGAGCAUGAUGAAGAUGAUGUAGCACCCAAGGCCGAGCCGGAGCCAAAGAAGAAAGAGACAGAUGCUUUUCCUGAGGAAUCAGUUGAUCAGGAGAAGGCGGCUACAUCGUCACAGUCUGCGGUGUCAGUGGAACUAGAGACCAGUCAAGCAAGUAGUACUCGUGGCUCGUCAACGUCCCUGAGCGAUCGACUCCAAACAGAUUCCGAUUCGGAGGUUAUUGAAGGGCAAGGGAUGUGUGAAAAACCUAAAAAGACUCCGGUGCAGCGACCGAAACGUGUCUGUAGCAAGGACACGACGCGCGAAGAUGAUAGGUCGACUCCCGCUACCCGAGUGACCAGCGAACGAGGGUUGCCAACAGUGGCCGAUGAUCCGCCGCAAACGCAAGGGGGAGACUCCACCCCGGCGCAUCCCGCCGUCAAUCACGAUGAUGCUCCGAAAGAUUUUGAUACGAAUACAUUUUCAUCGGAGUCUCAGACUCGGCCAUCCACUGAACUGGAAGAAAAGUCCUCUCGUCCCUCCUCGACUUCUGGCGAGAGUGGACAUUCUGACCGUUCGCGGACUCGACCCAGACCAAGCCCUUUGGCGGGGGUAAGUCACCAUCGGUACGGGCGCUCAAGUCCAGGGGUAUCCUCGAUUAGUUCGGGAACUGAACGUGCAGCGGUUCAGCGAGUAAUGCGACCGUCGACUUCAGCAGCCUCUUCCGUCUACUCCAAACCGCGUCGCUCCGGCAGUUUUAGUAGCCAGCGUGAUAAACGCCCUGUGACUGCCGGCUCGACCACGUCUCAGGUGUCAAGCAGACUCAAGGGUCUGAUCGGGUUUCAGGGUGACUCUGCUUCACUCCGUCUGCGCAACUCCUCCGAGACCAAUCGGUUGUCUGCUCUCGUUGGAGAGCCGUAUGACGACAAGUCUGGCUUGGAUGAAUUGAUCCGCAGUGAGGAAACUCUUCAUUAUACGCUAACGCCGAGAAAUAUGAGGGAAAUCGAGGAACCUGAUUCACCCCGGUGGAGAGUCAGAUCAGACACGGCGGACCUAGCCGACUUCCUGAAGAACAGUACCCCUUCCGGGGAGGACGUUCCACGUCCUAGUACCUCCAACACAUCUUCUAGAGGUACUAUCAACACGCCUAAAUACAAGCCCAUCGAAAUACCUCCGGGAUCGACUCUUCAGCAGACAUCAAGCCUGGCAGAAGUUGCCAAUGCGAAAUCAGGUAGUGGCUCAACCGGUCCAAGCAGUCCUCUUAGUGCCCAAGAAGCCCAAUCUCCACGUUCCCCUUCGAGCACAAUCCGCAGUGGUCCUAAGCUGCAAGCCCGUCCUGCAGUGACAUCAAAAGCAGAACAAGACCAGACGUCUGAGUUAAUCGAUUUCAUUCGAGAAGGUCCACCAACUGCAGGAGCCCGCCGCAUCCCUCGUACAGUUGCACCAUUCCGAGACACAAUGGACUCGGACGAGCUGAAUUCUCUCGAGACUGGCGAUACGGAAAAUAAUGCGCUAUCGAUAUCAAGUACGCAAGAUGGCUCAAUACUGACUUCCAUCGGGUCGCGUACUGGAUUACUAGAAUCGAGUAACCGAACUACCGCACAGUCAAGCGCCUCCAGGCAGAUACCCACCGCUCCAUCGGAUAGCCCUCAUCCUCUGCGAAAACAGCGCAGGGUGCGGGAUCCUUAUGCCAUUGACUCGGAUGAUGACGAAGAUCUAGCUGAGCUCAUGGACGGUCCAAAACCCAAUCGCGAGGAGGAAAGCUUGAUAGAUUUCUUGCGUAACGUUCCUCCCCCGGAGUCGGAGCCCACCCCCCAGCCUCUGAAAGUCAACACAUUGCCCUCUAAAGGUUCAUCUGGUGCGUUUGGAAUGAAGGCACGGCUUCUACGCAACGCGUCCGGGGACAAGGUGCCUACCACCAAAAUCUCCAAAUCCUCGUUACGGCCACAACAGGACAACUAUGCCACGGCGCCAUCCAACUAUUCAGUCAAAGUGAACGCAGAGAGGAGUCUAAGCGGAAUGUAUGGCACUAGUGGUCUUCCCUCCGUCACAGACCGGCAAACCGAGACUAGUGCACUAGCUGAAUUUCUUCGGACCACCGGGCCUCCUGAGCCUCCUACACCUCGAGCCACCUCAUCGCUCGCUUCGAAGGGUAAAGACUCCGGGGGAAAUAGCCUGUCCCGCUUUUUCGGACGUCGGAAGAAAGUCGAUAUCUAAUGUGACCUUACUUUAUCUGACUACCUACCUCUCCCUACACAGACACAGCCUCUCACCCUCUCUCCCUCUCUCUCACUCACACACACACACACAUUAUUUUUAUUCUCCAUUCUCUAUUUGGCCGCUUUCCUUUGGUCUUUUGGCCUAUGCACCCGUUAGAUAUGCCUUUACUUUCCCUCUUCUCUUUUUUUGGGGCGCUUCGAGCCAUGUGAUGAUCUAUCUUGUGUUCCUAAUACAGGUUCUACACCUUACUUUUCUCACUAUUUUGUUGAUCUAUGAGUCAAAAACCUCAUAGUCACGAUCCCUUGGCCUUUGAUGAACGAGUUCCCUUCUAUCUACUUUUCCUUAUGUUCACUUGUUGCCCUGGAACAACACCUGUUACACUUUUUUACUUCUCAUUAUACCACUUUGUCUUAUUGAAUUUUUAACCCAGUUGUGUUCUACCCUAAUGGGAAUUUGAUAUGAAUGACAUCUUGUUUUCAAACCUUUCCAUUUCUAGGACAUCUGGAUAUUUCUCUUUUCUUUUUUCUAACCACGUACUAUUCCCCUGGGAAGUUGGAUUUAUGUGUUUACUAUCAUAUUCCAAAUUCGGAGCAUGUGAAAUUACUAGGAGGCAACCAUCUAAUGACCAUAUAACAAUUAGUUAUUUGGACCCCAA